GCCAAAGGUUAAUAAAUAAAAUUUCAUAUUUUAAAAAUAAAGCAUAAAAUAAAUAUCGAAAUACUACAUCGACGAUUACGACGAGUUUGGAGAUUAAACGGCCUAUACGCUACUCCUGGGUACUCUUCUAACUGCGACCUUAGUUCUGGCCAUCGGUGGCUACUUCUGUCACCUUCGCACCCUGCCGGAUUAACCGCGACUACAAGCACAAUGGACAAGUCCGGGAAUGCCAUACAGCCCAGCGACAUGAUCGCCAUCAUUGGUUGUGGGCUGGGAGGCAUUGCCAUGGCCGUCCAGCUGAAGAGGCUUCUACGACAUGACAACUUCCGUAUAUAUGAGAAAGGCGACGACAUCGGUGGUACAUGGGCUCGAAAUCGAUAUCCAAACCUGAGUUGCGACGUGCCUUCCGAGUUCUAUUCAUUCUCAUUCUUCCAGAACCCUGAGUGGUCAGAGAAGUUUGCUUCACAGCAAGAGAUUCUCGAUUACAUCCACAACUGCGCACAUCACUUCCAACUCGCUUCGCAUAUUAGUCUGCAGCACGAAUGCAGAUCUAUCUCCUGGUCCGAAAGUCAACAGCUGUGGAUAAUCUCUCUUCGCGAUAAACAUCACAACAAGACUUUUGAGGUGCAGUCUCGAUAUGUUGUCACGGCCACCGGCGUCCUAAACAUACCAAAUCGAUUGGAUGGACUAAGCGCGCUUGAAUCUUUUGGCGGCCAGUGUUUCCAUACCGGCGAAUGGCGCGAGAUUAACUUCGAUGAAAAACGAGUUAUGGUAAUUGGCAACGGAUGUUCUGCCAAUCAAAUUAUUCCCUGGAUCCUCAAUAAUCAGCGACCACGGUCAUUAGUCCAACUCGCCAGAAGCGAACAGUGGGUGGCACCAAAGGGGAAUUUCAAGAUUUCUGCGUUCACAAAAUGGUGCUGCAAAUACAUCCCUUUUUUCAUGAAGAUCAGGCGUCUCUGGACAGCAUACCAGCUGGACCAUAACUUUGUGAUGUAUCGUAACACUACUGCAGGUGCAAAGGCACGUACACUGGCGGCUGAAGGCAUCAAGUCGUAUAUGACCUCCGUUGCGAACCCCGCCUAUCGCGACAUAUUGCUGCCACGCUAUGAAUUAGGUGCCAAGCGAGCUGUUAUGGAUCACGGGUACCUGGAAGCCACGAAUCGACCGAAUUUCAAGCUUGUCAAAUGUAAUGGCAUAGUUGCCGUUCAAGGACCUAACAACAGGACUAUUAUUGACGAGGCUGGUAACUACCACACGGUCGAUGUUGUGGUUGUUGCGAAUGGGUUCAAGACUCAGGAUUUACUGACACCAAUGGAGGUUCGUGGGAUCGAUGAUCAGGAUCUUCGAGACAUUUGGCGCCAGCGAGGAGGUUCAGAGGCUUACAUGGGAGUGUCCGUUAGUGGAUUCCCUAACUUCUUCAUGCUCGCCGGCCCUAAUACGCUUCCUUCCGGCAACUCCACACUGCACGGAAUAGAGUGUUCUGUUAUAUACAUCUUGCGUGUCCUGCGCGGCACAUGGGGAUACGGCAGACGGACUGAUGAUGUAUCCAUCAUGGUCAAAGCUGAAGCUGAAGCCCGCUUCAAUGAGAGAAUUCAGAACGAUAUCUCAGGACUUGUUUACUCGAAGGAUGUCAGUACUUGGUACAUUAAGAAGGAAACUGGGAAGAACACUCUAAUAUGGCCUGGAACACAAUUCUCUUUCUGGUGGAGUCGUUGCAUCUCGGCUAUUAAGUGGUCAGACUGGACGGUCGAGCGCCGGUGAGAUCUGUUCGUAGUAUCUUAUUAUAGCAGAGAAGUCAUAACUUAAGCCGCAAACCUCAUGCUAAGGCUCCAGUCCUUCCUAAUGUUUCUCGCAGUGACAUGAACAAUGGUUGGUGACCUUUCUUCUAAUAUCUUGUCGCAGCCGUAGUCGGCAGGAGAUUCGGAAUAGAGUUCUGAGUUACUAUACUCGGCUGAGCUAAUCGACUGUUAAAGAACCAAUACAACUAAUUAGAUCGCCAGCCUUUGUUGCAACGGUAGUUCGUCCUAUCUUUUCCCUAACCGUUGAAGAGUUGACGUCGAGAUCGAGUCACUGGUGACUGAAGCUGAAGCUUCC